AGUAUUUUCAUGAUCAAUGUACAAAGGAGUGAUGUGCGUCAAAAACGAUGCAUAGAUCUAUACUGUUAGCAUGCUAGACAUAGCUAAUAGCGAGUCCAUAGAGACCCAGACAUACCGGCUAUACAGUGGCAAAUCGACAUGCCCUACGCCAGAGCACCGCGAUCUGCAUGACAAGAAGAUAAAACAGCGAUAAGAAAAGAUCUAGAAAACUAGAAGACCCAAAUGAAAGACAUGAGAUCAGCGCGAUGGCAGCAAUGACAACAGCAGCAGCGGUGGUGGGCGUAUAAUAAAUGCAAUGGCAGCCCGUAAAAGGAGCUGGUCAGUGCAGUCCCCAAACAGAAAUGAGCCCGAAUCCGCAAACUUUUUUCUUGGUGAAUCUCUUGUCCUGGCUUGGCCGGACGUGUUGCCACUUCUGUACGAGAGCGAUAUUAUAACUUGCCUAUGUUUGCUGUACCUUUUCUUUGCUCACACUCUAUCCAAGCGCUGUACAGUACAUAGAGAAUGUCAUUGCAUUGUUUAGUCUACCGAGUGUGUACUCUAUAUUGUCUGUAGCAGCACGGAGUAUCCCCCUAUCGAUCGGAGCAUAUGAGUCAGCGGAACUAUUUCGCCAAUAGCAUAACCUUACUGGACCGUUGUGCCGAGAGUAUACGCGAUACGGA